AUGGAGGCACUCAAGCGGAAAUUCAUCAAAUACGCCCCUCCCGUGCCGCCCUUGCCCCAGCUGGAGCCAGGGACCAAGACGUACAAGGUCACAUGGACGGCGGCCGGCCUGACCGUGGCCGGUGACACCCGGCUGUCGUAUGAGAUCAAGCACGUCACGGGCUUUUUCUCCUCGGGCCCGGAGUUUACCCUGCUCUCGCUGGACGGCGCCCAAGAGCCCGCCGCCGCCACGGUCAUCGGCACCUUUGACUGGGCCAUGUCAGGCAAGGUCAAGAUGCGGUUCCCGUCGCGCGACGUCGACAUCACCUACCGGCCCCUCAAUGGUAGCUUCGAGGCCCACGGCGGUCUGGGCCGCCUGCAGUGGCUGGCCACGGGGAUGGACGGGUACGAGGCAUCGUGGAGGCUGUCGGAUGCCGAGGGCCGUGUCCUGUCCCUCGUCGAUGUGCACGGCUCCGGCGAGAUGGGCACCAUAGAGAUUCUCACCGUGGACCUGCCGCGCGAUGCCUUCGAGGAGGUCCUGCUCAGCUCGCUGGUACAGAUCGAAGACAACCGCAGGAUGUGGAGGAAUUCGCGGAAAAGCAUUAUUGCAGUCGGCGUUUCGAGCGCCGGUCUGGCUGCGGGUUCGCUUUCCUGA